AUGAACAUAUCAGAAACUUGUAUUUUAGUACUUAAAUUUUCUCCUUUUCCCUCUACAUUUCUGCAGAAUAACACAGUAUGGGAGCUAGACCCGUGCACGACGUGUUCUUGUCUAGGGGACCUGGUCAUCUGCGAACCCAAACAGUGUCAAGAUCCUAGGUGUGAUUUUCAAAGGGGGGAAAGACUAAGAAUAGAACCCAACAGAUGCUGUCCAGACUGUGCGCCUGGUACCGGCUCCUGUGAAUACGAAGGAGAAAUAGUAGGGCAUAAUUCUCAAUGGAGCAUCUCACCCUGCCGUUCCUGCUACUGUAAUAAUGGCGUAGUCCAGUGCAGGAACCAAUCCUGCGGGAUAACGCAAUGCACGCCGGAUGAGGUCCUACACCAAGUGCAGGAUGAGUGCUGCCCAAGAUGCAUCAGACCUGGCAGGCCAUGUACAUAUAGGGGUGUGCCAUAUAGGGACGGGGCAGAAUGGUCGCCAGUCAAAUGCACCAAGUGCAGAUGUGACAACGGCAAGUCACGCUGUUUUGUGGCCGACUGCCCACCAUUAUUUUGCAGUCAAAAUGAGGAAGCAGUAACGCAGCCGGGCAAGUGCUGUCCCAUGUGCGUAGGACGAUCCUGUGAAUUAGACGGCUUAAUUUAUAAAGAUGGGUCGCAAUGGCAAGCAGACCCUUGUACAUACUGUAAAUGCUACGCCGGCAGCAUAGAGUGCAAGCAACAGCGUUGUGCACAAGACUUCACAUGUAGGCAGGGAGAUACAAAAGUCACCAAAGAGGGCCAGUGUUGUCCAGAGUGCGUUUCAAACGAUGCCCCUUGCGAAGAUACUGGUACCCUGCGGUACAGCGGCGACGUGUGGAACGUCUCGGCCUGCGAGUUCUGUAUAUGUCAUCAGGGCAGGAUAGAGUGUCACAUGGCCGAGUGUGAUAGACUGCGCUGCGAAGUGGGCGAGUCUCUUGUACAUAGAGAAGGCAGAUGUUGUCCGGAGUGUUCGUCUCCCGUUGGCUACUGCGUCCACGACCGAAUAACUUAUACAAAUGGAGAUACAUGGGAGCCAGACAACUGCCGGACCUGUGUGUGCGAGGCUGGGAGGAGCAACUGUUUCAAAGUGGAUUGUCCCCCUUGUCCGGGUGACCGGGUGCCGGUCGAGGUGGAAGGGCAGUGCUGUCCGGACUGCGUACUAGUUCAAUGUCGUCCUGACUGUCUAACCUGCAAUGCCAACGGCUGCACCGCCUGCAGGAACCAGAGACUAGUCCAAGAUGGCCGCUGUGUAGAUUCCUGCGAUAUCGGCUUCUACAAAGCCUCGCAAACAUUAUGCCAAGCUUGCCACGAAACCUGUCUGUCUUGUACCGCCGGCACUGAGUUCCACUGUCUGACCUGCACCGAUUCCCUACUACUGAAAUGGAGCCAGUGCGUUCCUGACUGUGGCAGUGGGUUCUUUGAAAUGGAAGGAAUCUGCUUAGAAUGCCACGAGAGCUGCCAGGAAUGCACAGGACCCAGGAAAUCGGACUGCUUGGUGUGCUCCAACUCCACCCACGUCAUCAGGAGAAACAGCUGCGUGCCUGAGUGUGGCCAAGAUUACUACCUGCAAGACAACUACUGCUAUCCCUGUGAUUCGUCUUGUUUAUCCUGUCACUAUGACAACCCCCGGUGCGUCAUCUGUCCAGCCAAUCAGCUGCUCCAGGAUGGCAGCUGCGUCACUCAGUGUGGUGCGGGCUUCUAUGAGGCUAGCAACACUCACUGCGAAGCUUGCCACCACACAUGCCAGUACUGCAGAGGACCCAGCAUCUAUGAGUGCAUGGCCUGCGACGAGCCCUUCCACCUGCAAGACGGACAGUGCCUGUACAACUGCUCCAAUGGGUUCUUUGAUAACCAGAGCACCUGCACACCCUGCCACCCGAGCUGUCGCACCUGCCUGGGGCCCAGCGCCUCGGACUGCUCUUCCUGCCGAGACGCGACCCAAGUAGUCCAGGGUAGACCCCCGUUCUAUGAUGUCAUCACGGGGCCCUGCAAUGCCCGCUGCCAGCUGAGCUUCUACGCAGACGUUCACGGUGUCUGCAUACCUUGCAAUCCGACCUGCUUGACCUGCACGGGACAAACCAUUGACAGCUGUACAUCAUGUAGAACACCCUUGCUCCUCCAAAACGGUCGAUGUGAGAAGCAGUGCAUGGAUGGCCAGUAUGCGGAAAGCGCCAUCUGUCUAGAUUGCCACCCAAGUUGUCGUGCUUGCUACGGCCCCGCUACCGACCAGUGCCUGGCCUGUCACCGCAGUGACACGCUGCGACUAGGCACCUGCGUUGCCGGCUGCCCGGGCUCACAGUUUCCCAACGACUUUGGUGUCUGCCAAGAUUGUAGCUCAGCCUGUGGCACCUGCUUUGCCUCUGCAGAGGGUGUGGGUAGUAGCCUUUGCACCGAGUGUGUAGACACCGGCGUCUACCCCCUGGAGGACACCUGCGUGUCAGAGUGUGGCAUCGGCCACUUCCUGGAUCUCACCACCAACAUGUGUAAAGCGUGUCACAUCUCCUGUCGCACCUGCACUGGUCCUGGUGUCUUUGACUGCUCCACCUGUUAUUCAGGCAUUGUCCUGACCCACAAUGGCAUGUGCUCAUCCAAGUGCUACGGGGGUUACUACAAUGAUGGUGGGGUCUGUAGAGCCUGCCAGCCCAACUGCCUGGAGUGUGAGACCCCCUAUGAGUGCCUGGUGUGUCGCAACCCGGACGAUGUGCUCCAAUUCGGAGAGUGCACACCGUACUGUGCUGACCAGUACUAUCUGGAUCCCAUCACUCGAUUGUGCCGAGAGUGCGACUGGAGUUGCAAUGCCUGCAGUGGGCCCACUGCCCAGGACUGCACCCUGUGCAUGGAGAACAAGAUGCUGAAGGAUGGAGCAUGCGUCUCAGCCUGCGACGAAGGCUACUACGAGUUUGCUGGAGAGUGCAGAGAGUGCGGUGAGGACUGUAAGACCUGCAGCAGCCCGGGGGUGUGUACCUCCUGCCAACCCCCACGGUUACUCCUGGUGGAUCAGUGCGUCAGUCACUGUGGAGUAGGGUUCUACAGCGACUAUGGACGACAUGUCUGCAGAGAAUGCCCGUGGAAUUGUGUGGAGUGCAGCACGCCUGACCAGUGCACCAACUGUGCCUCGGGUUCCUUCCUCCUCAAGGGGAGCUGUGUGUCUGAUUGCCCCUCGGGUUACUUCACCAACCCACGGCAGAAUAUCUGCGAAGCUAAUCUCUACCCACCUACGCUGUUCGUCAACGGCACUCUGAACAGCGAGAUAGGCGGCACCACGGUCCUAGACACGUCGUUCUUCACGGCCUACGACCCGGACACUGCUUCCGCAGACCUGACCUUUGUCCUGAUGAGCCCACCGACCAACGGCGAGCUGAUCAAGAUUGACAGAGGCGUGGACGUCACCUUAAACGCCGGCGACUUCUUCACCUUCCCGGAGUUGGAGCAAGGCAGCGUGCGCUUCGUCCACGACCGCCGGCAGCAGCUGAUGGGGUUCUUCAGCAUCAAGGUCAGCGACCGGCAGUUUGAGUCGCCGACCGAGGAUAUCGGGAUAAUCAUCCUGUCCCCCUUGCCACCUUACGUCACCCGCAAUCAGCUGCUCGUCGUCGAAGAGGGCGAGAUGGGUAGAAUUGCGUCGGACACCAAUUUGCAUAUUCGCGACGAGGAUAAUCCGGAGAGGGUGACCAUCACGGCCAUUGAGGGGCCACGGCACGGACGGCUGAUCAAACUGCCGGACAGGACGCGAGCCAAGACUUUCACGCUCAACGACCUCGUUGCCGGGAACAUUCGCUAUGCCCACGAUGGAAGCGAGACCCAGUACGAUGCGAUUGCGUUCCAAGUUACCGACGGGCACAACGUGAUCAACGUGCUGUUCUACAUCCAGAUUAAUCCAAACGACAACAAAGGCCCGAUUCUGAUCAACAACGUCCUGAUGCAAGUCCACGAGGGCGACCUCAUCCCAAUCACGUCUGAUCAUCUCAAAGCCUUCGACGUCGACUCGCCCGACAACGAGCUGAUGUUUAUUCUCACCCCACCCAAGGGGAACCCUCGCAGUGGUGACAUCGUGAUGAUCCUGCCCAUUCCAGACACGGGGGUGCCCAGCGGCUGGGAGGACAUGCAGAACAAUUACAUGAUGAAGCCUCUGACCCGCUUCGCCCAGGAGGACAUCGACCAAGGCAAGAUCUACUACCGCCACUCUGGGGGCGAGGUGACCAGCGAUUACUUCAUGUUUGAGGUUGCAGACACGGCCCACAACGUUCUGAGCGAUCAAGCCUUCAACAUUGAGGUACUCCCCAGUAAUGACGAGCCGCCCAGGCUGGUGGCUGGUAUCGUGGAACCACUGCUGAUGCGGGUAUUUGAGGGUGAAAUCUCGCCAAUCACUAACACCCAUCUGGCCUACACAGACAUAGACAGCUCGGACCCAGACCUGGUCUACAACAUCACAACUUCACUACAGGUUGGACAGGGGAGCAUAGAGUUUGAUGAUCGUCCUUUCCAACGCGUGGAUUUAUUUACACAAGCUGACAUCAACGCUGAGAAGAUCGUCUACCGCCCUCCCAACAUUGCGCUGGGAACGGAGCCGCUGUCGUUCAAGUUCUUCUUCACGGUUGCGGACAGUGUUCCCGGCGGCAACAUGGUCGGCCCCAAUCCCUUCACCAUCUUCGUCAUCCCGAGCGAGGACAAAACGUCGCCGAUCUUCGAGAAUCGCUUCGUCACCUUUGAGGUUCAGCGGGGCGGGCUGAAGCAGCUGCGCUCCAUCCUGGCGGAGGGCACGGACCUGGACACCCCUCAGACCGACUUGGUAUACACCCUGAUCACCGCUCCCGAGCACGGUUUCAUACUGAAGAGUGGCUUCAUCCAACUUGACGAAGAUGCCCAGUUCACCCAUGCUGAACUCCUCCAAGAGUCCUUCCACUACGUCCAUGACAGCUCCCAGACAGAACAGGACGGUUUCGAGAUCACCCUCAGUGACGGCACCCACUCAGCCAGCGUCGUCAUGGCCGUGGUAGUCACUUACACCGAUACCCGCAAGCCUUACGUCCGGCCCGGCUCGACCCUCUCGCUCAUGGUCCCAGAGAACAGCAUCGUCGUGGUGACGAGAGACGAGCUGUCCUUCGAAGACGACGACUCCAUCGAUAGCGAGAUUGUGCUGACGUUGGACACCUUGCCUCACAGCGGGCGGUUACAGCGACGCAUUGCUGGGGACUACUAUCAGGAUAUACCCAUCGGUGGGACGUUCACUCAGGCUGAUAUCAGUGCCUACAACAUCAGAUAUGUUGCGGAGGGAGAGAUCGGCAGCCAAGCUGUGACUGACCUUCUCUUCUUCAAUGUCAGCGAUGCCAGCGGCAACAUCCUAGUCAAGCAGGUCUUUCCUGUCACCGUCACUCCAGUCAAUGACCAGCCACCGUCUGUGACAGUGAACGGUGACGGCAUCGUGUUGAUCGAGGGAGCGCGGGAACUAAUCUCCUCGGCCAAUAUCAGGGCAACAGACCUGGACACCAGACUAAGCCAACUGAAGGUCAUCAUCGAUUCUGGGCCCACUUUCGGCUUCAUCGAGAACAUCAAGUCAGCGAUUGGUUCCGAGCAGCCCAAUGUCGACAUCCCUGUCACAGACUUCCGGGUACAAGACCUGAUCGACAACACCAUCUACUAUGUGAAUAGUGUGCACCGGAACGUGGAGCCCACUCAAGAUGGCUUCCUGUUCCAUGUGUCGGACGAGGAGAACGAGUCGCCGCAGUAUAGGUUCAACAUCACCAUAAAGUUGGUCAAUGACGAGGAGCCCAUGCUGAUCACCGACACUCUCUUCCUGCCGGAGAACGAGGGCGCCGUCGUCACCAACGUCUCCAUGUACGCCAGCGACCUGGACACGGGCGCGGAAGACCUGAUCUUCACCGUCACCGAGUACCCGACCUGCGGCACGCUGCGCCGCCGCGAGUUCAUCGGCGACCCGCUUCACUUCGGCCGCAUCCUGACGGUCGGCGACACGUUCACAUGGCAGGACGUGCUCAACGAGCUGGUGGUCUACGUGCACGACGGGUCGGAGGUCAAGACGGAUUCCUUCAGCGUGUCGUUGACGGACGGGCUCUUUACGGUGCUCGGCACGGUGCCAGUUCAGAUCGGACUGAUUAAUGAUGAGACGCCGCGAAUGGCCGUCAACAGGGGACUUCGAGUCCAAAUUGGUUCGACCACUCCGAUCACCAACUACGAUCUGCGAGCAGAAGACGUGGACUCAGAGAACAUGCAGUUGAUCUACACCUUGACGGCCGAGCCCACCGUGGGCCAGCUGCAGUUCCUCAGGAACGGAGAGAACGUGGUCCGACUGACGGUGAACGGGGCCAUGUCCAGCUUCACGCAGACAGAUAUCGACAAUGGGUAUAUCCGCUACGUGCAUGACCUCAUAGAGGCAGCGGGUACAGCGGUCUUCAAGUUCACCCUGUCAGACCCAGAAGGCAAUGAGCUCAUCGACCAGUCAUUCCUCAUCACUGUCCUGGAGGACCGAGUCCCGCCCCAGGUCCUAGCCAACCGGGGCCUGACCUUAGCAGAAGGCACCUCCAAGGUCAUCACCACGUCCAUCCUGUCCUCGACAGACGUGGACAGCGUCCCGGGCAACCUGGUGUAUUUCAUCUCGGCGGGCCCUACCUACGGGCAGCUGGAGCACGUGGACAUCCCUGGCGUGCCCAUCACGGAGUUCACUCAGUCCGACCUGGCGUCCAAGACCGUCAGCUACAUGCACACCAGCGAGGAAGAGGCCGUCAUGGAUAGUUUUACGUUCACGGUGGAUGAUGGGACCAAUCAGGUGACCCAAACCUUUUACAUCACCCUGACCCCUGUGGACGACUCCCUCCCGUUACUUACCAAUCUAGGCAUGCGGGUCCAGGAAGGCGUGAGAAAAUCCAUCACAGAGUUUGAGCUCAAAGCUGAGGACAUGGACACUGUGGCUGACUCCAUCAUGUUCACCAUCUUCCGUCCGCCGCGCCACGGCACCAUCGACUACACCCCCGACGAGAUCCGCUACGCUCCGACGUUAACCUUCUCCAUGGCCGACGUCUACGAGAAUCGCAUCAGCUACAACCACGACGGCAGCAACACGCUACAGGACAGCUUUGAGUUCACCGUGUCUGAUGGCACCAAUCCGCUCUUCACCAUCGAGCAGGGCACCGAGCUCAUCACGACAUCGGCGCAGCAGACGUUUCAGAUAACCGUCCUGCCCGUGGAUGACGGCACGCCAAGAAUCAUCACAAACUUGGGCCUAUCCUACCUGGAAUAUCUCGACGAUCAGGCCAUGAGUAUCAUCACUCGCAAGAACCUAGCCACCAUGGAUGCCGACACGGUCGAUAACCUCCUGGUCUACUCUGUCAGGACCCAACCCAACCAUGGCAUCCUGGAGUCAACCCUGACCCCCGGCACGCCUAUCACCGUAUUCACACAGCAGGACGUCAACAACGGCAUCAUCCGCUACACCCUGGACCCCGGCGCGGAAUCGGAGCUCGCCGACCGCUUCGUCUUCGACGUCUCCGACAGCAAACCUAACACGGUGUCGGGCACCGUCUUCCGUAUCCGAUGGUCUCUGAUCCACCUGGAGAAGGGUUUCUAUAAUGUCAGCGAGACGGCCGGAGUUAUCAGCGUUCCGGUCAAGAGGAGCGGCAAUCUUAAUCAGUACGCCAUAGUGCUGUGCCGCACCGAGCCCGGCUACGCCACCUCUGUGGGCAGCCAGCCCGGCCAGAGAGACUACAUCGAGCAGGCCGUCCAGGUCCAGUUUGAGGAACGCGAGGACACCAAGCUCUGUACCAUCGUGAUCAACGACGACACCGUGUUUGAAGGGCUGGAGGAUUUCAUUGUGGAGCUGAGCAUGCCGGCCUACGCCUUGCUGGGGGAACCCAGGGCCGCGCUGGUCAAUAUCGUGGACGAUGAGGAUGAGCCAAGCAUUGAGUUUGAUCAGUUGGUUUUCCAUGUCAACGAGAGUUCGGGAUUCCUCUUCGCUCCAGUCUCCAGGAAAGGAGACUCCAGUCGUAGUGUCUCAGCGAUAUGCUUCACCAUCCCCGGCACAGCCACCGGCAGCAGCCUGACAGGCCUAGAGUCUGGAUCGGACUACAAGAGCAGGGGAAUGGACGGGGAGUUUAGGGUGGUGUUCCCUGCCGGUGUCAACAAGGCUUCCUGUGAUGUCAAGAUUAUCGACGAUGCAAUGUUUGAAGCAGAAGAGCAGUUUGAGAUUGCCUUAGCCAUGCCGUCGCUAUGGAGCAAACUAGGGAAGAAAUCCAGGGCAACUGUCGUCAUCAACGGACCCAAUGAUGAAUCUGACAUCUUUCUGAGCCGCAACACCUACAUCUUCAACGAGAACGCCGGCACCGUGGAGAUUGAGGUCAUGCGUCAUGGCAGCGACCUCUCCCAUACCUCCAUGGUCUGGUGCUCGGUCAAGCCUAGCGACCCACCCUCCGCCACCCAGGGGUUAGACUUCGUGCCCAGUACCAGUCAGCUCACGUUCGGCCCGCAGCAAACUGUCGAGGUUUGUCGGGUGACGAUCCUCGACGACGCCGCCAGUCCACAGAUGGAGGGCAACGAGACUUUCAUCGUCUAUCUGAGUUCAGCCAUGGGAUCGGGUCUAGCCACGCCCUACGAAGCCGUUGUGGUCAUCAAUGACACGGUGGACGACAUUCCCACAAUGCAGUUCUCCAUCACCGAGGUCAAGGUUGAGGAGCACCAUGGCCUGGUGCACAUUCCCAUCGUCCGCAGCGGGGACCUGUCCUUCGAGUCCUCGGUCCGCUGCUUCACGCGGCAACGCAGCGCCUCGGUCAUGAUGGACUACGACGAGCGACGCAACACGGACGAGUUCAGGGUCGUCUUCUCUCCCGGGGAGAAGGUCAAGAACUGCACGGUCGGCAUCGUGGAUGACCAGACAUACGAAGCAGAUGAGCAAUUCCAGGUCCGCCUGGGUGAUCCCAUCGGCAGCGAGUUCUGCCAUGCACAGAUCGGCAAGAACAGCUCCACCUUGAUAACCAUCCUGGACACGGAAGAUGCUCCCACCAUACAGUUUGAGCGCGUCGCCUACAGCGUGCGAGAGCCCAGCGACCCCGAGGAGAUGUCGGUGGUGACCCUGACCGUGAUUCGAACCGGAGACCAGAACCGCACCUCCAGGGUUCGAACCAGUACCCGGGACGGCUCGGCCAAGUCUGGGGUGGACUACGAAGCGCACUUCAAAGUUAUCCGCUUCCGGCCGGGCGUCCGUUCCGUGGACAUCGAUAUCAACAUCAUGUACAACAAGGACAUGGAAUGGCACGAGACCUUCAGCGUGGUGCUCGGCCCCGAUGAUCCGGUCAAUGCCCUCCUAGGACCCAUCACCACGGCAACUGUCACCAUCAUUGAUGAGGAGGCGGCGGGAAGCGUGGUCCUCCCCUCCACCCCACUGGUUGUGUCGUUGAUGGACUAUGAUGACAUUGCAGAUAGUCUGGAUCAUGACCCUUCCCCUGGCUAUCCACUCAUCUGUGUUACUCCAUGUGAUCCUCAUUACCCUGACUACUCCAUGACCCGGGCCAUCUGCGAAGAAGCGGGCAUCAACAUCUCCAACAUCCACUACAAUUGGGAGGUUGCCAUGCCAACGGAUGCCGAGGGCUCCAGGGCGCCCUUUGAGCGCAUCGUGGACUACACCCCCUUCACCACCCCGAACGAGAAGGUCCUGGAUGGUGUGUAUUUCAGCCGGCGAUUCCACGUCCGCUGCAUCGCCCAACCGUACGAUAAGAGCGGCCGUCCCGGCGUGCCGCUGCGCAGCAACAUCGUCGUCAUCGGUACGGACAACGGCAUCUGCCACACCCCGGUGACGGCAGGCGUGUCACGCGGCAUCCAGGCCCAGUCCUUCAUCGCCAACUUGCGCUACGUCGACCCGACAGACCAGGACCACCCCAACACCUUACACGUCUCUGUUGAGAUCCCACAUCAGGACGGCAUGCUUCCUGCCAUCUCCACCAUCCCCAUCCACAACAUCCGACUGCUGCUCACGGAACCCAUCUACCGACAGCAGCACAUCUGCUCCAGCCUCAUCAACAACCCAAGCUGGGGCGGGCUGACCGACUACAGCUUCCUUACCCCAGUAGACCUGGACUCCCUAGUCCUAGUCCCAGGCAACAACUACCCCUAUCAGUUUGACCCCGAACUCCGCGGACAAAAAGCUCUCAAUCUCUAUCAGCACCUCAACCUCAAGAGUUGUACCUGGACCUUCGACGCUUACUACCACAUGACCGAGCUGAUUGAUCUUUGUGGAGGCGCUGUCACCACCGACUUUCAGGUCCGUGACACCGACGAGAGUUAUCUGACCGUCACAGUGCCGCUGUAUGUCUCCUACAUCUACGUCACAGCGCCGACUGGUUGGGGAGCACUGGACCACAGGACAGAGAUGGAAUUCUCAUUCUUUUACAAGACAAUCCUUUGGAGGACUGGUCUAGAGACAGACAGCGUGCUGAGCGGUCGCCUGGAGGUGCUCAGGAUUAGAAUCGGUGACCGUGGAAACCUCAUCAUUGACUUCAAGACAACUACUAAGUACAGAGGACUAUUUGUUAUGGACCAUCACACCCUACCAGACUACGUAUCCCGGGUUGUACCACCCACUGAAUUAGGGGUGGGAUUCACGCUGGAGCAGCUGUGGAGCGAGGGGACGUUUGACAGCCCCCAGCAGCUAUGGAGAGCCACAAGCACAUACAACUUGAAGGACUACUCCGGUGAUUACGUUAUCGAGCUUCUGCCUUGUACCGUCACACCUACCCAGUCAUUCAACCUCAUGCCUGACAUGCCGGUAGUCUGCACGGCACAUCCACCAGAAAAGUUUGUGGUUCCCAUAGCCUUCCAGCAGACCAACCGCCCAGUACCUGUAGUCUACUCACUGAGCACAGAGUUCCACCUGAUGAACAACGAGAAGGUCUUCCUGAUGAAUCCCAACGAUGCUGCGAUGAGCUUACAGGAGAUGGACUUCAAAGGGUCCUUCGCAAAAGGACAAAAAAUCUUUGGUCGCGUUCUGUGGAACCCUGACCAGGACUUGGACCGUGCCUACAAGCUGCAGAUUGAGAAGCUUUACCUGUGCACCGGGGCGGACGGGUUUGUUCCUUACUAUGACCCCGGCGGUCAGAUCUACAAGGAAGGACCGCAGUUUGGCUGUAUGCAGGAGAACCGCAAGCUCAAGCAUCGCUUCUUGAUUCUGGAUCGUGGCGAUACAGACGCCGUCACCUCAACUUUCAACGAUGUGCCAUUCGCCGCCGACUUUGCCGGCAACACUGAAAACUACAACGCUGUCAGCAACAUGCCCGGUGUGGACGGUUUCACCAUGCUGGUCGAUCCAUUGUACAAGGUCCAGUCUGGUCAUCAGUGGUACAUGCAGGUCAUCUACACCAUCGGCCCGUCUGACACCCUGCCUCGUUUCCGCCGAUCCCUCCUGGCUUCCGUCUCCAACCCCCUCAACCCAAACAGCCACAAGCCCAGCUCCCACCACAACGGCACAAACAUCAAAUCCCUGCUCCUGAACGACAAGGAUUUCAGCACGGAUCCCGAGGGUAACGCUUCGGGGACGGUCGUUCCGGCCGUGGUGGGCUUGUUGGUGUUCAUCGCCCUCCUGUCGGUCAUCAUCAUCCUGGUCGCUAAGCGACGGCGGCGGAGACGGGAGGAAUCGAACAUCAAGAGGCACCGGAAACGGCGGACGGCGGGCGGCAAGCCGGCCGCCAAAGUGACCAAUCAGGACGCGGCGUUUGCUAAAUCCAAACCCAAGAACCCAUCCCCGCCAAAGCUUCAGGAAAUCGAGAUGGACAUGCAGAAAAUGGUGAAAGUCAGCACGCUGGAUCUACACAAAACGCAGAACUUAAACACGCCGGCCGUCAAGAUAAAAAAGGUUAACCUUCAGGUCCGGUUGACCGAUAGCGGCGUAGAGGGCGGCACAGAAGUUUGAUGGCUCGUCCAAACCGUGUACAUUUUUAGUAGUCCUGGUUUUUGUUGCAUUAUUUAAAAAACCAAAAUAUGAAACAAGGGUGCUUUAAAUGUUAUUUUUUUUUAUCAGUACAGUUUUUUUAUUGUGUCGUCAACUCAAGAAAAACAUUUGACUCUUUUUAAAGAAUGUAUGCCGCAGGAGUUUAAAAGAGAGAGAGAAGGUGGCUUUUUCUACCUCUACGUUGUUUUGUUUUUUGUGUUUAUAUUAUUUGCAAGCUUAUGUUGUUGUUUAUGUAUCACUGCAGAUUGUAAGUAGAUGCCUAUUUAUGCUUAUUAUGCUUAAAGCUUAUCGGUAGCAAGUUUGUUUCUCCCAAAAUAGUAAAUAUCGAAACUACUUGCUGCCGUUUGUAAAAAAUUGAAGGGAAAAAAAAAAGAAAAAAAAAGUGGUCUUCCUUGCUUUUGCUGGUGAGUUUAGAUCAGACGUUAUUGCUAUUCAACUAAUUUAAAUGCAUCAUGCCUAAACAUAAUUAGAAAGAUCAAAAUUUAAUUGUGCAGUAUUUUUAGGUUUUUAAAUGUAAACAUGACAUGAUCUAAUGGUGAAAUGAAUAAUUAUUGUAUGCUAUACUUGUAGAACUUAUUUAUAUUAUAACAGUUUUUAAAGUUAGGAUGGUUUUGUUUUUGGCUUCUUUUUUUUAGAAUUAAAUGUUUACCAUGUUUACAUAAUGGUUUAUUCUUACAUCAGUAUGAGGUGAAAUACCUAUGGGUGGUGUAUUUUUCCCCGAAAUAUUGAUAAACUAGUUUUAAAAAAAAGUGAAUCAAACAACAAAAAAUUUGAAAGAAAUACAGAGACAAAUAUAUAUAUCUAGAGUAUACCCCAUCCCCUUCAAAAAAAACAAAAUCAAAUUUUAGGGCUUAUUGACAUUUAUAUCAAAUAUUUCAAACAGUUUGUGAAAUUUUCUCAGAAUAAUAAUUAAAAAGGAACUCCUAAAAACUUCUUCAAAUAUUAAAAACUUCUAAUUUUUAGCCCCCUCCCCGCCAUUCAACUAUAUUUGCAACUGUUCCGACAGUUGUUGAAAGACGACCAAAAAUAUUUUUUAUUUGUUCGUUUUUGUUUUGUAAACUAGCUAAUGGUGCUCUGUAUAAAAAAAAUAAGAAAGAAGGAUGUUGUUUGUACAGUUAGUUGAUUUCCUGCUUUCUGCUGAAUUUUCUUUUUCUUUGUUAGUUAAAAAAGUUUUGAAAUCCAUGAAUUCAGGGAGAAUAGUAUUAAAAAACUGCCAAUGCUGCAAAGGAGGGGGAAUGUAGCAACAUCCUGGGUGUAAGAAAUAUAAAGGAUGUUGUUACUAAUUCCCUCAAAAGGCAAUCAACAAUUUCAUUUUGUUUCUUCUUCUCCUGAGCGUUCUUUCACAGCCAGAAUUGUCUCUGGUGAUGUUCUGAGAAAAAAAUGGUGUAUCCUUGUUCUUGUCUUUUUAAUGAUUUUUGUUGUUGAUAAGGAGUAGUUUGGGAUUUUGAGAGUUUGUUGUUUUGUGGAACAGGACAAUGCGUUGUUGUCCACUUUGACAACAAAUGUAUUUUAGUAUUUCCCGAUACCUAAAUACGUGUGUACACACGCCAAACAAAAACGAUUAGAAAAAUUACCUCUUUUUUUUGUAUUCGAGAGUUCAAAUUUGUUCACACACUGUUCAAGAUCACUGAGAGUUAUGUAUUUUUAACUGACUGGAUAAAGGUUUUGUGUAGGCUGGUAAUGUUGAUAACACCGACUCCUUUGGCAUGUCUGUAUACAUACACAUGUAAAUACAUGUACAUCUCACUGCCAAAUAUUCAUAAUUUCCCCCUUUUUUUGUCACUCUCUUCUGAUGAAAAUGUCCAUUUUGAAAACCUUUAAACAUCUGCUCUUUAUGUAGGUUCCCCACGUAUUCUGAACUUUUUCCAUGUUGCAUUAUAUUACACAUCUGACCACAAAGUGUAGUUAUAAUGGUAGUAUUAUAAAACUUGGCAAAGUCUCAUCUCUUCUUUGCUUUUCCGUUGUAAUGUCAGAGAGUGUACAUCAUUGACUGCCUUUUUUUUGGUAUGGUGCUAUAUUUGUUAUGUUUAUUAUCAACUGGGCUUGUGAAUUUGAAGAAAAAAAAGUCUUGUGAUGAUGGGGGCAUUGCUGGUCAGUAAGUUAUAUACAAGUAGGAUGUUUAUGCCCUCGUUGUCAGAAAAACUUUAUCAUGGAAGUUGGGGUGGCUGAAAUGCAGGAACUUUUGUUAGAUUAUUUUCAGAUUUGUGUUACUCGACAACUAUAGCAAUGGCCCUGGCCUGUAGUUGGGGAAGUCUUAAGUAUAGAUGGGACGAUACUAUAGUUGGGGCGCAACAUUUAUGUAGGAUAUACAUUCAACAUGGUAGAUGAUUGGUAUAUGUGAUUUUUGAAUAGUUGAUUGUGAAAUUGAGAGCUUUUUAGAAGUUUUUUUUAUUUUGUACAAUAGGUUAAAUUAUUCAGGCACUCCAGUGAGAUUCAAUACUGGUUAAUUAACGUCAUUUCACCAAAUGUGCCUUUUUGUGGCAUAUUUUAAAUGGUUUGUAACUUAAACUUUUUUUAAUUACUCAAAACAUUUAACAAUUUCAAUUGACAUAUUUUUAGGAUACAAACUGUGCUGUCCUGGAUAUCCCAAAAGCUUUAUGUGAAUGUGUGUGACAAAACAAUGGGAUGUCUGGGCUGGGAACUGAAAGGUUUUUUAAAAUCUCAUCGUGUUGAUUUUUCUUUUUGAACAGAAAUCUAUGGUGUGCGCAGUUUUGCAUCUGAACAAAAUUUCUCACUAUAAUCAAUUCACAUUUGGGCAAGUAAAGUGCUGUCACAGUUUAUGCAUGAUGUAUCUUGUAACUUGUGGUUGCGGUUAAGGAAGUUUCUGUGGAGAUGUUAGAGCCUUGAAAUCAAUUAAUCAGGAUGGCUGUUCGAUAGCGAAAGCUUGGGUGCAGAAAUACCACUUUCUUGUCAAUCUGCAAUUACUGUUAGAAAUAUAGCUAUUUGUAUUUGCUUUCAAGUAUUUGUUUAAGGGAAGCUUUUGAGGAUGGCAUGUUACUGUAAUCAUAGCAUGUGCAUCAGGACACAAUUUGUCUUGUACAAGUGUACUACAUGUACGUAAACAUGGAUUUUGGAAUAUUGUGUGGCAUUUUGUCGGGCGAAACUUUUUAGGACUGAAAUGUAAUAUUUACUUAUUGUCACGAUAGUAUUUUGUCGUCCACAUAUUUAAAGUGGAGUUAUUUCUAUUUAAUUUGGGCAGUCUAGAUGCCUAGGGGAGUAAUUUGUGAAGAAAUAAAGAGGUACAAAAUGGGAAGCAAG